GUGGUAGUCUACGACCAUCGACGACGAGUGCGAGUAUCCGGGGAUUCGCUUCCGCGUACGUCGCGAGGAACAUCAUCUCCACCGCCGAACGUUCGCGUUCGGUUCGUCUCGUAGACAAUUGUCUCGUCAAAGUAAUCGAGAACGAUUGAAAAAUGGUAGUACUCAGCAGCUUGCUGCCACCGCAGGAAGGAAUACGCCAUGAGGAGCCAAACACUACAGUAUAUAUCAAUGAUAGAGAAGUAGGAAAGGGCACGUUCUAUGUUACAGAGAGCGUGCUCUCCUGGGUGGAUAACGAUACACAACAGGGAUUUUCACUUGAAUAUCCUCACAUUUCAUUACACGCUAUUUCACGAGAUGAACAGGUCCAUCCAAGACAAUGUUUAUACAUUAUGAUCGAUGCCAAAGUAGAUUUACCAGAUAUGCCAUUACCGUUAGCAUCUGAAAAUGGUUCAGAAAAUGAGGACGACAAUGCGGAUCCUCCAAUUACGGAAAUGCAGUUUGCGCCAGAUAAUACAAAUAAUUUAGAUUUAAUGUUUCAAGCAAUGAGUGCAUGCCAAGCGCUUCAUCCUGAUCCACAGGACAGUUUUUCUGACGAGGAUAUCUAUGAAGACGCUGAAGAAGAUUACGAAGGUGAAUAUGAUGAAGAAGUGGGCGCUGGGGACGCACCUUGUAUUUUACCGACAGAGCAAAUGGGGACCACUCACACAGGAACAGAAGCAGAAGAAGCUAUGGACAUCGAAGCGGGUCAAUUUGAAGAUGCGGAAGAAGAUCCGUAAGAGGCGAUGAUUAGGUGCAGAUAUGCAUUUAGUGUUAAUUUACAUGUUUAUCAAUUUCAUAUAUGUAUUUCGGUAGAUAUACGUGACAUCGUUAAUGCAAAACUUACUACGGAGCCGUAUCAAACGUUAAAGCACCUAAUACAUUUAUUUAUAUUCAUUUUGUACAUGGCGAUAAUUUCCUAGAUAAAAAUAAAUAAU